UGGGAUAAUAAGCUUAGACAACAUGGGGAAGAAGAAUCAUAGUUCUGGUCUUGGAAAUACAAUUAUUAAGAACAAGUAUAGCGGGAAAGCAAGAGGAACUGCCGAAACAUUCCUGCAUACCAGUCAACUCGACGAUGGCUACGACUGGAAUAGGCUGAACCUAACCUCCGUCACAGAGCAGAACACGCUUGACGAGUUCUUAUCAACGGCUGAGCUGGCUGGCAGGGAGUUCACUGCGGAGAAAAGGAAUAUCAAAGUGGUGGACUCGCAAACUGGUGGGCUUCCAUCAACAGACGAACUGCUCUUGAUGCAAGACGUACAAGACAAGCACAGAGAGUUGCUAAAGAUUCCACGCAGACCAGAGUGGGAUGUGACAACAUCUGCAGAGGAGUUGCAGCAGAGAGAGCAGAAGAGCUUCUUGGAGUGGCGACGAGGCCUAUCACAGCUGCAAGAAAUGGAGCACAUAUGUAUGACCCCAUAUGAGAAAAACUUGGAAUUUUGGAGGCAGCUUUGGCGAGUGAUCGAAAGAAGUGACGUCGUAAUCCAGAUCGUUGAUGCACGAGAUCCACUGCUGUUUCGCUGCGAAGAUCUCGAGAAAUAUGUCAAGGAGGUCAAUCCAAACAAGCUCAAUGCGAUUCUCGUGAAUAAGGCUGACAUGCUGACGGCAGCCCAGAGGCAAAUUUGGCUCGAAUACUUUGAUGCUAACAACAUAAGAGCGAUUUUCUUCUCUGCUAUGGCUGAGCUGGAAGACAUUAAGAAAAUGGAGAAGGAUAUGAGGGACGGCAGUGACAGUGGUGCUGAUGCUGACGACAGCUCGUCAGACGAAAGCCGUAAUGCAGAUGAGGAUGAAGAUGAGGAUGAGGAUGAGGAUGCUGAGGAUGAGGAUGAGGACGAUGUAGAUGUAAGAGUGGGCGAUCUAAGGCUCAACGCCGCGGCCGAGUCUUCCACUGCUGCUGCAUCCGUCGCCUCCGCCACGCACGCUCGGACACCUACCCAGGUGGAAGAUGUGGACCGUGAAUGCGGUGCGGUCGCCUCGGAGAGUUGCGGCAACGGAGAAGAUACGAGGAGGGAGGCAACGCGAGAGGAGGAGGCAUGGAGAAGGAAGCUGCUGAGUAGGAGUGAGCUGCUGGAUGCUUUUAGAACGAUGUACGAGGGAGAGACCCACGUUCCUGGCGUCACAACUAUUGGGCUGGUUGGGUAUCCCAAUGUUGGCAAGAGCUCUACCAUAAAUGCCUUGUUUGAAGAGAAGAAAGUAGCCGUUUCAGCAACGCCUGGAAAAACGAAACAUUUCCAGACGUUGCUCGUUGACGAGACACUGAUGUUGUGUGAUUGCCCGGGUCUUGUCAUGCCGACGUUCAUCGCCACCAAGGCUGACAUGGUGCUCAGCGGAAUCCUUCCCAUUGACCAGAUGCGUGACCACGUCGCCCCGACAACACUCCUUUGUCAAAGACUUCCGAGACAGGUGUUUGAAGAUAUCUACAGCAUUAUUAUCAAGAAGCCCCAGGAGGGGGAGCCACAAGACAGGCCAGCCACUGCUGAGGAAUUACUGAAUUCAUAUUCAUAUAUGCGAGGGUACAUGACAAAUGCUGGUAGACCGGACGAACCCAGGGGUGCGAGAAUCCUACUGAAAGAUUACGUUAAAAAUACCAGCACAGUUCACGUUAUGGGUAAGAAGGCGAAACCUGUCAGCAAGCAUGAGGCAGCGGCGUCGGCGGCGGCGUCGACGGAAGAUGCGAAACCGUGGAAACGGCACAACAACAGAAACAGGCGGGAGAAGUUGCGGCGUGUCUACAGUGAACGGGAUGCGGAUCUUUAGCUGUGCAGUCGAUGAUGAUGAUGAUGAUGAUGAUGAUGAUGUGGAUGGAUAAAUGGCUGUGAGAUUGUAGCUGUACAUAUGUUGAUGAGGGGAUGGUGUGUUGAUUGGCCACAUAUGUUCCACUAUUUACAAUGUACCGUCGCUACUAUUAUUCUUCCUUGUGAAGGUAAAGCAAGUUCUAAUAUUAUGUGAUGUUGUAAAAAUCGUCUCCAUUACUUAAUGUUUGGUUAAAUGAGUUUUCUAAUGAGUCCUUUCACAAUUUUUGCACUAAACUUUUGUAAAAAUAUAGCUACAUAUUAAGUCUGUCAAGCUUAUAAUUGCUUGAUUAUUAUAAUCUAUAAACCCAAUUAAGCAAAUAUUCCUGGCCAGGUGUUUUCCUCAACAUUCGCAACAACUUCUAUUUUUACGGUAGCCACCCAUUGGUUUUCAUCCAAUAUGACACUGCUGUUCCCUGAAUCGAAAUGCCAAUAUUCUGACACAUACUAUUCAUGACGAAUUUGUCGUUAUUAACCCCUGAUAGUAUUGUAUGUAGGUAUAAUAUUUGCUGACCUUUCUGAUUAAUUUCUGUUGACGCAACCAUGUCUGAUCGCCAUCUUUAAUUAGCAGGUAAUAAUAGUUAAGGAUACUCUCCACCUUUUGCAUGGUUAUUGCUCUAGUGAAGAUUAAACGUUUAUUGGCGAAUGAA